AUGAAUUGUACUAUUAAUAAAUUAUUAUGUGGUGAGAAUGGUAUAUGUAUUAAUAAUAAAUGUCAUUGUUUACCAUAUUGGAGUGGUGAAGAAUGCAAAACUUCAUAUAUAGACUCACUGGGUAUAGUUUAUAAAAUUUGGAAUUACAGUUUUAUUAUACUAUUUGGAGUUUUAUUAAUAUUUACAAUUUUUAAUUUUAUUUUAAAUUUAAUAAUUAAACAAAAAUCAAAUUUAAAAAAUCAAAAAUUAAAAGUUAUUUCUUUUUCAUUUAUUAUAAUUGGUACUCUUUUUGAUCCAUUAGGAAAAAGAGGAUUUACUAAAAUUAUUAUUGAAUUAAUUGGUGGAUGGGGUUUAUUUUUUAUAUUUUCUUCAUUUAUUUUAGUAUUUAUCUACUGGAUUGGAUUAUAUCAUUACAAGUCAAUUAAAUAUUCAAAUAAUAGUUAUGCUUAUAAAAGUAUUUCAAAAUUUAAUCCAAUUGCAAGAAACUGUUUUAUAAUUUUUGAUUCACUUUGGUUUUGUUUUGAAUUAAUAAUUAAAAUAUUAAAUUCAACAAGUGCAUCAAAUUCAAAUCAUCAUAAUAAAUUAUCAAAAUAUUAUUAUUUUGAUGGUAGAUAUCAAUUUUUAUUAUUUGUCACAACUGUAUUAUCAAUUACAUUUAUUGUUACAGUAUUAUCAAUGUUAUUAUUCAUGAAAUAUGGAAUUUCAAACAAAACUAACUAUGAUACUAUAUUAGUAUUUGGGAUAGAAUUCUUUUUUGAAAUUGUAUUAUCAUUAGAAAUGAUUUAUAUUUUAAAAGAUAAUAAAAAAUUAGAAUCAAAUACAAAUCAAAAACAUCAACGACAACAACCUAAAAAUGAAAUUAAAAGAAAAAAAGAAAUUAAAAUAGAAAAAGAAAGAACAAUAGAAUCAUCAAUGACUGGAAUAGCAGAAGAUAACUAUACCAAUAUUGAAGCAUGUGCUUAUGCAACUGUAACAACUGAUUCAAAUGAUACCUCAAAUAAUACAAAUACAAAUAUCAAUAUAAUAUAA